AUGCCGAGGGUCAAGAGCUCGCGUCGUCCCGCGGGACUCAAGCCUACAGAUUACGAUCAUGAAAUUGCCCUAGUCGAUCACGAUGCCGCUGCGACGCCGACAGGAUUGUUGGACCUCGAGGAGGAACACGAGGAGGAACAACAGCAAAAUCGUGACGGGCAAGAUGGGGGCCACAAGGACCCAUCGAGUAAUACACCCAACAAUGCUCAAGCCAAUGAGCAUGACGAUUCCCAUACUGAGGGUGAAACCGAGACCCGUCCAUCAUCGAACCGCGUUGAGAACGGCCAACCUUCAACACCUACACAAACAAGACCAUCAAUUGAAGUCCAAGAACCAACCCCCGACGGCUUUCAUGGAGAUCAUCCGCAUGUGAAGCCAAAGAAGCCUCAUGUUGAACGCGAGACAGCGAUAGACAUCCUCUACGAGAACGAAAGGGGCGGUUUUCUCUGCGGCAUUCCUUUGUUUUCUUCGCAAGCUCUGGGAGGCCUUGAUCCACCUGCUUGGACCAACGGGUACCAUAAAGCUUCACCGAGCAACAUUCACAACGCACAAGUUCCUGACCCCACAUGGGAAUGGGCAUGGCCCGAAUGGCGGAUCAAUCAUCAAAAAGGUGUCGAUGAACAUGGCUGGGAAUAUUCCUUUCACUUUUCAAAAAAGUUUUCCUGGCAUAGUGGCAAGUGGUGGAACUCGUUUGUUCGAAGACGUGCCUGGAUUCGCAAGAGGGUACGAAAGAGAGCGGAGGACGUGUCUGCCGAUCCACACAUGCUCAACACGGAUUACUUCACGAUACGGUCAGCCUCUCACAAAUCACCAAAGUCUCGAGCGAGUGUGACUAGCAGUCGUCUAAGUCGCUCGAGUAUGAGCCAGAUGUCGGCUGCAGACGCGGACGAGAAACCUGCCGAUAUCGAUAACGUAGACGACCUCAUGCGCGCUCUUCGACAAGCGAGGAUAGACCGGGAGAAGCUUGACGCUGUCAACAAUUACAUGGAACAUGCAACGGACCUCCAAAACCUUCAGCACGAGAUGCAUGAGAUAAUGUCUUUAUUUGUUUUCCAACAAUCACGUCGCAUAUUGCUCAGCAGAUUGAUGGAGAUUCAUGACGAGACGACAGCCCAGAUGAAGAAGACUAACACUUCUGAAUUACGAGAGCGAAACCAGUCAUUGAAGGAUGCCGUCCAUCACGCUGAUGAAGAGGUUCGCAAGCUAGCCUACUGGAGUGAUGUCAAGCAAAUGGCCGAGAGCGGCGAGGCAAAAGAGGCAGUCAAAGAAGAUAAAGGGUGGGAUGAAAGUUGGGAAGGUGUCGACCAGAGCGGUGGCGCUCAUCCAAUGCGGGAAAGGGCAAUGGUUGACGGUAAAAAGGAGGCAUCGGAGACGUAA